AUGUAUAAAAAUUUAAAAGUUAAAAUUGUUAAAUUUAUAGAUAAAACAAAACAAAAUUAUCGUAAUAAAGAAUUACAAUUUUUGAGACGAAAUCAUCAACGUUCAACAAAUGAAUUACAUAAAAAACUUGAAACUUAUAAACCACUAGCAACAUUAUAUGAAAAUGAUGGUAUAGAAGAAGUUUCAAAAAAUAAUCUUAAUAAAGAAAAUAAAAAAAUUCAUUUUAUAAAUGAUAAAUCAGAAGAUAAAGAUAAUUUAUUAGAUAAAUAUAAAAAAAAAGCUAAAUUUCAGAAAGUUUUUAAUAAUAUAUUUGGGACAACUGUAGUUUGUGAUUUUAUUGCAACAGAUAUAACUUUCUAG